GGCAUUAUGCCGCAUAAUGCGCUAUAAUGAUGUAAUUGGAAAGCUACCAAUGUAUUCCAACCUUAACUUAAUUCCUCUAUGAGCUAUGACCACGAGCCGCUUUUUUUUAAUUAAAAAAAUAAACGUCAUCGAACAUUUUCUCUUUGAUCGGAUCUGUCAAUCCGGAAACAUGGCUCCUCGGUUUGAAAUCGCAGUUGGUCUGCGAAAAGGCCACAAAACUACAAAAAUAUCUGCCGGUCGGAAAGGUAUUACUGACAAAGCCAUCAGAAUCAGACCUGCUAGGCUAAAGGGUCUGCAAACCAAACAUUCAAAGUUUGUUCGUGAUCUCGUCCGUGAAGUUGUUGGACAUGCACAGUAUGAGAAAAGGGCUAUGGAAUUGUUAAAGGUAUCAAAGGACAAGCGCGCCCUGAAAUUCUUGAAGCGUCGUCUGGGCACACACAUCCGUGCCAAGAGGAAGCGAGAGGAACUGAGCAACGUGCUCGCCCAGAUGAGGAAGGCCGCCGCUCAAGCUCACCACGCCACCACUCACACUAAGUGAACAAUAAACUAGUGUAU